AUGAGGCGGCGCCCGCCGAGCUGGGGCGGACGCGGGGCGAGCCGGGACGGGGACACGCGCCGGUAGCCCCGGCACUGCAGCGGCCGCAGGAUGGCCGAGGCUAUUGGCUGUACUCUGAACUGCAGCUGCCAAAGCUUCAAACCAGGGAAGAUCAACCACCGUCAGUGUGAGCAGUGCAGACAUGGAUGGGUGGCUCACGCUCUGAGUAAGCUGAGGAUCCCCACCAUGUACCCCACAAGCCAGGUGGAGAUCGUCCAGUCCAACGUGGUGUUCGACAUCAGCAGCCUCAUGCUCUAUGGGACCCAGGCCAUCCCUGUCCGCCUGAAGAUCCUUCUGGACCGGCUCUUCAGUGUGCUGAAGCAAGACGAAGUCCUCCAGAUCCUGCACGCCUUGGACUGGACCCUCCAGGAUUACAUCCGAGGAUACGUGCUGCAGGAUGCAUCGGGAAAAGUGCUGGAUCACUGGAGCAUCAUGACCAGUGAGGAGGAGGUGGCCACCUUACAGCAGUUCCUUCGUUUUGGAGAGACCAAGUCCAUAGUUGAGCUCAUGGCAAUUCAGGAGAAAGAAGAGCAGUCUGUUGUCAUCCCACCUUCCUCAGCCAAUGUCGACAUCAGGGCUUUCAUCGAGAGCUGCAGCCAUCGGAGUGCCAGCCUCCCCACUCCCGUGGACAAAGGAAACCCCAGCAGCGUGCACCCCUUCGAGAACCUCAUAAACAACAUGACCUUCAUGCUGCCUUUCCAGUUCUUCAACCCCUUGCCCCCAGCACUGAUAGGGUCACUGCCUGAUCCCUAUGUGCUAGAGCAGAGUCAAGACCAAAGCCAGGACCCCAAACAGGAAGUCCAUGGAGCCUUCCCUGACAGCAGCUUCCUCACUUCCAGUUCUACCCCAUUUCAGGUUGAAAAAGAUCCGUGUCUCAACUGUCCCGAUGCUGUCACCAAAAAGGAAGACAGCACCCACUUCAGCGACUCCAGUUCAUACAGCAUAGUCACGAAGCUUGAAAGGACACAGCUGUCCCCAGAGGCCAAAGUGAAGCCUGAGAGGAACAGCCUGGGCACAAAGAAAGGCCGGGUGUUCUGUACCGCAUGUGAGAAGACCUUCUAUGACAAGGGCACGCUGAAGAUCCACUACAACGCCGUCCAUCUGAAGAUCAAGCACAAGUGCACCAUCGAAGGCUGCAACAUGGUGUUCAGCUCCCUGAGGAGCCGCAAUCGCCACAGCGCCAACCCCAAUCCCCGGCUGCACAUGCCAAUGAACAGAAACAACAGGGACAGAGACCUGAGGAGCGGCCUGACGCUGGCUGCCCCGGAGAGCACCAGGCGCCCCGGCCGCAGGGUGACCCCUCCAGACUGCCGGCCUCUCCCCAGCUACGUGGGGCCCGUGGAAGACUCCCGGAGCCAGCCCACCUUCCCAAGCCUCAGCCACAACGGGGUGCUCUUCCCCAACCUGAAGACUGUCCAGCCAGUCCUGCCUUUCUACCGCAGCCCAGCCACUCCGGCCGAGCUGGCCAACACCCCUGGGAUGCUGCCCUCCCUCCCUCUGCUGUCCUCGUCCAUCCCGGAACAGCUGGCUUCCAACGAAGCGCCAUUUGACACCCUGCCCAAGAAGAAAUCCCGCAAGUCCAGUAUGCCCAUCAAAAUAGAGAAGGAGACCGUGGAGACAGCAGACGAGAAGGGGCAGCCUCUGAGCUCUGACGAAGACAUGCCCCUGCAGGUGGUCAGUGAAGACGAGCCGGAGACCUGCAGCCCCCAGUCAGAUGGAGCCCCAGAGGAGCUGCACACGCCAGCAGGGAGCUCCGAGAGGCCUCGCCUUGAGGAAGAGAGGCCCUGCUGUCUCGGGCCAGGAAUUGAGUCCAGUGGAGCCAUCCGCCAGACUCCUGAGCAGGCCACGCACAACUUGGAGAGGGAGACUGGGCAGAAGUCAGUGUUGAACACUGUGCCACGGGACGCAGAGGAGGAUGGCCGUGAACCUCACCUCACACCCAGGCUGGAACCCUGCAUGCCUUUUCCCGACUAUAUCAAACUGCAGCAGCACCUGCUGGCUGGGGGCCUCUUUGGUGCCUUGUCCACCCAAGGAAUGGCUUUUCCUUGUUUUGAAGAUUGCAAAGAGCCGGAGCACUUGGGUCAGCCAGCAUCAGUGAGGUCAAAGGAGGAGAAUCGCUUCCAAUGUGACAUCUGCAAGAAGACCUUUAAAAACGCUUGCGGUGUGAAGAUGCAUCAGAAAAACAUUCACUCCCGGGAAAUGCACACGUGCACAGUGGAGGGCUGCAAGGCUACCUUCCCCUCCCGCAGGAGCAGGGACAGACACAGUUCAAACCUAAACCUCCACCAGAAAGUAUUGCCCCAAGAAGCGCUGGAGAGCAGUGAAGACCCCUUCCGGGCAGCUUACCUCCUGAAAGAUACAGCCCAGGAGACAUACCAAGAGGCAGCCUUCACACCACAAGCCUCCCAGACGUCUGUCAUCUUCAAGGGGAUGAGCCGGAUGGGCAGUCUGGUGUACCCACUAGCCCAGGUCCACAGUGCCGGCCUACAGAGCUAUGCCUCUGGUCUGCCCAGCGAGGGCACCGUCUUGGAUCUGAGCACUACCUCGAGCGUAAAGUCGGAGAGCAGCAGCCACUCCUCCUGGGACUCAGAUGGGGCCAGCGAGGAGGGCGCUGUGCUCACGGAGGACUGCGACGGGAGCUGUGAUGGGCCAGGCCUGGUGCCCGCGGAGGACUACCCACUCUGCGUCCUGAUGGGGAAGGCUGACCAGAGCCUCACCAGCUUCCCUUCCGGGCUGCCCCUGACGUGUCACCUCUGUCAGAAGACAUACAGCAAUAAGGGGACCUUCCGGGCCCACUACAAGACCGUGCACCUCCGCCAGCUGCACAAAUGCAAGGUCCCCGGCUGCAACACCAUGUUCUCAUCUGUCCGCAGCCGGAACAGACACAGCCAGAACCCCAACCUGCACAGAAGCCUCACCUCCUCUCCUAGUCACCUGCGGUAA